AUGGAGAGAACUCAGAGACAACAAGGAAAACAUGAAGUGACAACAAAGAGGAAACACAAAAAGAACACUAUGAGAACACAAAGAAAACACAUGAGGAACACAAAUAGCACAGAAAAAGAAAAGAAAAAGCACAAAAAAGCUAGGGAAAGCACAAAGAACAGAGAGACAACAGAGAGAAAACGGAGAGAGAACAGAGAAAACAGAGAGAUAACGCAGAGAAAACAGAUAGAAACAGAGAGAGAACAGAGAGAGCACAGAAAGAGAACACAGAGAGAACAUAGAGAGAAUAGCGAAGAACAGAGAGAGAACACAGAAAGAACAGAGAGAAAACAGAGAGCGAACAGAGAGAACAGACAGGGUACACGGACAGAUUAUAGAAUGAAAAGCGAGAAUAAAGAGAACAGAGGAAUGGACAGUAUUCAAGAGACGUUAACUCGAAUUUACACGACUAACUGCACAGCGAUUACGUACAAAAUAAUUCCGGCGCAACUUGACUGGGUUUUCGCGACACUUGUUGGACUCGACUCGACUAAAUAA